AUGAAGUUCUCAAUUCUUGCCGUUGCCUCUAUGCUGGCCUGUAUUGUCUAUUCUCAGUCAAUUCAGGGUGAUGUAGCUCAACUACCAUCAUGCUCUCUCGCGUGCCUGUCAAACGCCGUCGUCAAUGCCGGCUGCAGUAUCACUGACUAUGCCUGCCAAUGCGGCUCUCUGCGGCCUACUAUCGCAUCACAAGCAACGCCUUGCAUUGUCAAGGCUUGCAACACAACGGAAGCUUUGAAUGCCCAAAAGAUUGGUCAAGAGAUCUGUUCCAUCCAGGCCGCUGCAGCCUCGAGUUCGGGAGUUCUAACAGCCACGACAAGCAAUGGUGCGGCGACAACCCCAGCAGUCAGUAAUCUGGGCAGCACAAUUGGCAGUGCAGUGGAUGCAACAACUACUACCUCGUUACCUACAUCAACCAUCCAAACCGCAUCUACUUCAAGCAGUCCCGCAACAGCUUCCAAAGCCGCUGGAACUAGACUGGAGGCUGCUGGUGCCAUGGCUGGCGCCGUCGUCCUCGUUGCUUUCGCUCUGUAA